AUUGGAGAAAAUUGGAAAUUAUUAGACCCAAAGAAAGGCUUAAGAGCUGUAUUUGGACUUCAAAAAUGUCUUAUUGAAAUUCAAGAGAUUUCCGAUGAAAAACUGUUCAUUGUACAAAGUAUUUUGGAUCAACUAGACUGUAAAGCUCGCCAAUUAGAUUAUGAUCACCGUAGUGUAACGAUAGGUAAUCUAGCCAAUAAUUUAAAUAAUAAUUCAUCUAAAGGGAUAUCUUCCCUAAUUGGAGCCAGUAGCGAUGCAACAAAUCAUAUUACAGACUCUAAUGGAGUUUCCAAUAAUGUGGAUUCCGGUGGAGGCGGUAAAGGAGAAAUAACAUCAACAAAAGAAAGUAAUGUAAACAGUAAUGGAACAAGCCUGACUGCCACAGUAAAUAAUUGUACAUCUAACUCAUUAUCUAGCAAACGUUCCUCAUCUAGACGUAAUUUAUCCAGCAAACAAGAGAUCUCUAAUGGUGAAAUUACUGCUAGCCAAAAGAGAGGAGUCAAGAGAGGUGGUGUCAAGGGAAACAGUAUAGAUAUCAAGAGAAACAAAUCUUCGAAAGAAGUGCUGAAUAACAGCCCACCAACACUUUAUGAAGAUACACCAAUUGAUCCCGAUGAACCAACAUACUGUUCUUGUGAGCAAGUUUCUUAUGGCGAAAUGAUCUGUUGUUCACCAAAAGUUUUAAAUUUAAAAUUUAACCUUUUUAAUUCCUUAUUUUUGUUGAUUCUUUCCUGUGAGUGCUUCAACCUGUUGAUUAACGAUAGACAAACAAUCAUGUGGGGCUCGUCCUCCAGUUACAUUGGAUCUAGUGAAUCUGGCUCCAUUACCAAUAUAGCCCAAUAUAUUGAGGACUACAUUGAUUUGGUUGAAAAUAUACCAAAUGAAAUAGCUCGCCAUGUUAGUCGUUUACAUGAAUAUAAUAAUAGAUAUUACCAACUACUUGAUAAAUUGGAGAGGACAUGGGAAUCACUAGCCAACAGCCAGAUGUAUCUAUCAAACGGUGAACAAGUGAACGGUGGCGGUAAUACAUCAACAGAAGCAAAGUCAAGUACAAACACAUCUACAACACCUUUAAUCACCAAAUCCAGUGGAAAUUAUAACCUUUAUGAAAGUGGAUCUAUUAGUGACAAAAAUAGUGGCAAUGGAAGUGAUAAAAAUGAUAAAUUAUUAGACCCAAAGAAAGGCUUAAGAGCUGUAUUUGGACUUCAAAAAUGUCUUAUUGAAAUUCAAGAGAUUUCCGAUGAAAAACUGUUCAUUGUACAAAGUAUUUUGGAUCAACUAGACUGUAAAGCUCGCCAAUUAGAUUAUGAUCACCGUAGUGUAACGAUAGGUAAUCUAGCCAAUAAUUUAAAUAAUAAUUCAUCUAAAGGGAUAUCUUCCCUAAUUGGAGCCAGUAGCGAUGCAACAAAUCAUAUUACAGACUCUAAUGGAGUUUCCAAUAAUGUGGAUUCCGGUGGAGGCGGUAAAGGAGAAAUAACAUCAACAAAAGAAAGUAAUGUAAACAGUAAUGGAACAAGCCUGACUGCCACAGUAAAUAAUUGUACAUCUAACUCAUUAUCUAGCAAACGUUCCUCAUCUAGACGUAAUUUAUCCAGCAAACAAGAGAUCUCUAAUGGUGAAAUUACUGCUAGCCAAAAGAGAGGAGUCAAGAGAGGUGGUGUCAAGGGAAACAGUAAAGAUAUCAAGAGAAACAAAUCUUCGAAAGAAGUGCUGAAUAACAGCCCACCAACACUUUAUGAAGAUACACCAAUUGAUCCCGAUGAACCAACAUACUGUUCUUGUGAGCAAGUUUCUUAUGGCGAAAUGAUCUGUUGUGAUAAUACUCAUUGUCCAAUAGAGUGGUUCCAUUUCGCUUGUGUUGCAUUAACAACCAAACCCAAAGGUAAAUGGUAUUGCCCCAACUGUAGAGGUGAUCGUUCAAAUAUUCCGAAAAAAUGACUGCUGAGAAAUUACAUCUCUUUUUUUGCUUCUUUCCUAUCUGCAAACUGUGAAGCAGUGGCAAAGAACAGGACUACUAAAAACAACUUUAUAUAUAAAUAUAUAUACAUAUACUUAUACAUAUAUAAAUACAUGCCUAUAUAUAUAUAUAUUUAUAUAGAUAUAUAAAUAUAUAUAUUUGUGCACAGUUAACAAAUUUUCAACGAACACAAAAUUAUCAUCUAAAGCCAAGUGACACCUCAUUUUUGUUGAAUUCAUCUAACACAUCUUCAUACAUUCAUCGUUUCAAUACAACUUAUAAAGCAUCAUAAACAAAACUUACAUCAACACUCACCCUCUACAACAUAAUACUACCACUACCUCUCUCCCUCUCGCUCUCUUUUUUCCUGUUUCUCUUUGUUUUGCUUCUCUACCUACUUCUCCAUCUUUACUGUUGAUGCAACAACAAAAUUUGCAAAAAUUUAUGCGAUUUCAACGAUCUGCUAGAAAAAAAGCGACAUCACACUCUUCUUCUUUUCCUUUCUUCUUCUCUUCACUUUUCUUUCCCCUUCUAAUUUCUUUCUGCCUCUUAAAAAACAUCAGUGAUAAAUUGAUUUUUACCUCCAUUUGUCUUACCUUUUAAACGAAUGGUUUAACGCUGGACUUAUUUCAUCAAAUACAUCAGACCAAUCUUCUUUUCUCAUUCAUUAUUGUAACCACUCUCUUUUUCACCAUCUUCUUCCCUCGCUUUUUUUUCAUAAAAUUUCACGAAAUGAUCCGACUCAAGCAAAUUAAAUUUCAAUUGUACUGAAUUUAUGACUAUUACCGUCCCGGUCGUCAUAUAAACCAAUAUUAAACAUAUAUUUAAAAUGAA